UUUUUUUUUUAGUUAGGAAAAGACACAGCCCAUAUUAAUUCUUUUUAUUUUAGUUAGGAAAAGAAUAAAAUUUUGUCACGAUCCGGCACCGUAUUAGAUCAAUCAUCAAAAUCCCUGUCCUCACACGAUUCUAAUUCUUAAUAAUUUACUAAUUGUGGUCAAAUACUAAAAAGCAAAAACAAUUAAUUUCCAAUUCUGUAUUUUUGAUUGAUCAAUCAUCAUCCGAUCCCGAUUAUCAACAGCUCUUCAUUUUUUUACCUGGGUAAAAAGAUGGCAGCUUCUGUGACGGAUCCAUGGAUGAAGGAAUAUAAUGAAGCUGUUAAGCUUUCAGAUGACAUUAAUGGUAUGAUUUCGGAACGGAGCUCUUUUCCGGCAUCAGGACCUGAAACUCAGCGUCAUGCGUCUGCUAUUCGGAGAAAGAUCACAAUUUUAGGGACUAGGCUUGAUAGUUUACAGUCCCUUUUGACUAGGCUUCCUGGCAAGCAGCAAAUAUCAGAGAAAGAGAUGAACCGUCGCAAAGAUAUGGUUGCAAAUCUGAGAACAAAAGUAAACCAGAUGGCUUCGACAUUGAAUAUGUCGAACUUUGCCAACAGGGAUAGCUUGUUUGGUCCAGAAAUAAAGGCAGAUGAUCCCAUGCGCAGAACUGAAGGUCUGGAGAACCAUGGCAUUGUUGGUCUUCAACGACAAAUUAUGAGAGAGCAAGAUGAGGGCCUUGAGAAGUUGGAAGAGACGGUGAUAAGUACCAAACAUAUUGCAUUGGCUGUUAAUGAGGAACUUUAUCUUCACACUAGGCUCAUUGAUGACUUGGACGAACAUGUGGAUAUUACCGACUCCCGCUUACGGCGAGUGCAGAAGAAUCUGGCCAUUUUGAAUAAGCGCACGAAGGGUGGAUGCACCUGCUUGUGCAUGAUGUUGGCUGUUCUUGGCAUUGUGGGUCUGGUUGUCAUCAUAUUUUUACUGAUCAAAUAUUUGUAACAUAGCUCGUCGUUUCUUGCGAGGCAUGUUGUGUAAGCGGCCCGUUCUAUUAUUGUUUCAUGUUGGAACAUUGUGUUUGGCGUUGCCUAUUUUAAUUUGAUGCUGUGUGAAGUGAAAUGAAGAUGGUGGAGUUGCUGAGCUGUUAAGCAAUUGUGUAAAGAACAAGUAUACUGUCAAGAAAAUGUGUUAUGUUGCACUUAUAAUUCUUGAGGGUUGCUGCUACUCUCUUUUACUAAAUGUCUAUUGUGCUGUCAAUAUCUUAAAUACAUCAGUAUAUUUAUUGUCUA